GGGUGGCAGAAAAACCGCGUUGUUGCUGGCCUCGUCUGGCCAAUCGUAGGCUGCGACGUAUUCUCCCUCGGCCUAUUUAGCCUUCGUGCCCGCAGGAAGGCGACAUUUUGCAUUGAGACUGCGCCCGUGUGUUCUCUUGUGUGCUGCUGCAAACAGAUCAGCCAUUAUGCAGAUCUUCGUGAAAACUCUCACUGGAAAGACCAUCACGCUCGAAGUUGAGCCAAGUGACACAAUAGAAAAUGUGAAGGCGAAAAUUCAGGAUAAGGAGGGCAUCCCGCCCGACCAGCAGCGUUUGAUUUUCGCCGGCAAGCAGCUCGAAGAUGGCCGUACGCUGUCCGACUACAACAUUCAGAAAGAGUCGACGCUUCACCUCGUGCUGCGACUCCGUGGUGGCAUGCAGAUCUUUGUGAAAACGCUCACCGGAAAGACCAUCACGCUCGAAGUUGAGCCCAGCGACACCAUUGAAAAUGUCAAGGCGAAAAUUCAGGACAAAGAGGGAAUCCCGCCUGACCAGCAGCGUCUCAUCUUCGCCGGCAAGCAGCUCGAAGACGGCCGCACUCUCUCGGACUACAACAUUCAGAAAGAGUCCACCCUUCACCUGGUGCUGCGACUCCGUGGUGGAAUGCAGAUUUUUGUCAAGACGCUCACCGGAAAAACGAUCACACUGGAAGUCGAGCCAAGUGACACCAUCGAAAACGUCAAGGCGAAAAUCCAGGACAAGGAAGGGAUCCCGCCCGAUCAGCAGCGUCUCAUCUUCGCCGGCAAGCAGCUCGAGGACGGCCGCACACUCUCGGACUACAACAUUCAGAAAGAGUCCACCCUUCACCUCGUCUUGCGUCUCCGCGGAGGCAUGCAAAUUUUCGUUAAAACUCUCACCGGCAAAACAAUUACUUUGGAGGUCGAGCCAAGUGACACCAUUGAAAACGUCAAGGCGAAAAUCCAGGACAAGGAGGGGAUCCCGCCCGAUCAGCAGCGUCUCAUCUUCGCCGGCAAACAGCUCGAGGACGGCCGCACACUCUCCGACUACAACAUUCAAAAAGAGUCCACCCUUCACCUCGUCUUGCGGCUCCGCGGAGGUAUGCAAAUCUUCGUGAAAACGCUCACUGGCAAGACGAUCACACUCGAGGUUGAGCCGAGCGACACGAUAGAGAACGUGAAGGCAAAAAUCCAGGACAAAGAAGGCAUUCCUCCGGACCAGCAGCGUCUCAUCUUCGCGGGCAAGCAACUGGAAGACGGCCGAACCCUCUCCGACUACAACAUUCAAAAGGAGUCGACCCUUCACCUUGUCCUUCGGCUGCGCGGAGGUAUGCAGAUUUUCGUCAAGACGCUCACUGGCAAAACCAUCACCCUCGAAGUGGAGCCUAGCGACACCAUUGAAAACGUGAAGGCUAAAAUUCAGGACAAGGAGGGUAUUCCACCAGACCAGCAGCGUCUGAUUUUUGCAGGCAAGCAGUUGGAGGACGGGCGCACUCUUUCCGACUACAAUAUUCAGAAGGAAUCUACCCUCCACCUUGUCCUGCGGCUCCGUGGUGGCCAGUAGAACUUUUUUUUUUUUUACUUGCUGGUGCGAUGGUCCGGUGAACUUUUGAAUCGGUGGUUCCGUGCCGACCAGGGUCCACGUGAACCGGGCGUGAAAGUCUGCCAAUAAAAAUUUCUUGCCGGACA